AUGCCGGGCGUCGUCGAAAUGCACACUGGCGGCGGUCCUGCGCCAGCACUGGACUACAGUGUCGCACACCAAAAGGUCGAACUCGAGAUCGAUUUUAUCAACAAAAGCUUAAAGGGAACUACCGAAAUCACCAUCCAUCCGCAAAGGCAGGACUUGAGGAGCAUACGUUUGAACUUUCGCCAGGGAGAGAUUAAGCGCAUAAAUGUGAAUGGCAAAUAUGUUGCGACAUGGGAAUAUAUCGACAGCUACGACAACAUCCAGCUCUAUGGAGUGCAAUAUCACCAGCGAUUAACCACGAAGCUCGAUUCCCUUCUCAAAACCCCACGCGACCCCGAGUUGAAGAUAACCGUCCCGAAAGGCAUCAGAAUCGAAGAGCUGGAUCCAUUCUCGGCAGAGGCGCAAGAGCAGAUUGCACUCCAGGGUGCUGGGGAUGAUGUUGAUGCGCCAGCCGGGGGUCGGACGGCAGAGGCCAGUCUCCCACGAUUCAAGGCCUUGACGUUGAAUAUUGAAUUUGUGACGGAUCGUGUUCGUGACGGCUUACAAUUUGUCGGGGUGGACAGCGGAGAUCGUCGAUACCCACAUGCCUAUACUACAAACUCGCUGGAUUCGGGAGUUGGGUCCCCACUGUUCCCUUGUGUUGAUGAUUCGGCGUCGCGUUGCACCUGGGACAUUUCAAUAUCAUGUCCUUCUACCCUGGGAGACAUAUUUGAUCGCAAGAUCCGUGAUGCUGCAGGUGCUCGCUCAAAAGUUCCAACACGGAACCUGUCUGCGGAUGAUGAGGGGCUUGACAUGUCCGUAGUCUGUUCGGGUGAGUUGACGGAUGACAUCGUCGACCCCAAAGAUCCUAGCCGGAAGACAGUCUCGUUCGGGUGUUACGCUCCUCUGUCUGCUCGUCAGCUGGGAUUCGCUGUCGGCCCCUUCGAAUACGUCAAUCUAGCGGAUUUCCGCGAAAGCGACCAGGAAGAGCAACUUGGUCAGAAUGCCAUCCCUUUGCACGCGUUCUGUCUUCCCGGCAGAGUUGACGAGGUGCAAAACACCAGCUUCCCCAUGGCACAAGCGAUCGACUUCUUCUCCUUGUCAUAUGGUUCAUAUCCCUUCUCCAGCUACAAGCUCUGUUUUGUGGAUGACGUUACCCCGGACACGUUGCCCACGGCCUGCUUGUCAAUCUGUAGCAGUCACCUUCUCUUCCCAGCAGAGAUCAUUGAUCCCAUGUACGACUCGACUCGUACGUUGGUUCAUGCUUUGGCGUGCCAGUGGACUGGAAUCAAUAUCAUUCCCAACGAACCUGCGGAUACUUGGGUCACGGUUGGUGUUGCGUGGUACAUUACCGAUACGUUCAUGAAGAAGCUUUGCGGCAACAAUGAGUAUCGAUUUCGACUUAAACAAAUGUCUGACCGAAUCUGCGAGUUGGAUUAUGAACGCCCUUCAAUCUAUGACAUGGGAAACUUCCUCAAGAUCGAUCCAUCAGAAUCCCAGUUCAUUGCACUAAAGGCACCUCUGGUUUUGUUCAUUCUCGAUCGGCGUCUGACCAAGGCCAGUGGCAAGGCCACGAUGUCUCGAAUUAUCUCUCGGCUUUUCCUCAACUCCCGCAUGGGCGAUAUUCCUAACGGAGGGGUCACCACGUCUCUGUUCCAAAAGCUAUGUGAACGCCUGGGCCAUGCGAAGCUUGAUGUUUUCUUCCAGCAUUGGGUCUACGGUGCUGGUUGUCCCCGCUUCUCGGUCUCACAGCGCUUUAACAAAAAGAAGCUUGUGGUCGAGAUGAUGAUCACACAACUGCAAGCCGACCCAACAAUGUUAGUGACACGUGAUCUCGAUAAGAAUGCUUUUCUGCGUGAUGUCAAGGAAGAGAUUCGUCACGUUUGGGCGGGUGCCCUUCAGCCCGUUUUCACUGGUUCUAUGACUCUCCGGAUUCACGAAGCCGAUGGCACUCCAUAUGAACAUAUUGUGGAGAUCAAAGACGGUGUGACAAAGUUUGAUAUCCCAUAUAACACCAAGUACAAGCGAUUGAAGCGGAACAAAAAGCAGCGAGAACGUGCUGUUGCAAACGGUGACCCAGAGGUUCAAGAGGAAGUUCUUCUUUACUGUCUAGGAGACGUUCUACAGACAGAAGAGGAAAUAAAAGAUUGGCGCAUGACCGACUGGACCAAGGAGGACGAGGAACGCAUGGGCCAGGAGUCGUACGAAUGGAUUCGUAUGGAUGCAGACUUUGAGUGGAUCUGCAGGUUGACCAUGAAUAUGCCAGGUUACAUGCACCUGUCCCAGCUUCAGCAAGACCGAGACGUUGUCGCCCAACUAGAGUCCCUCCAAUUCAUGACGCAACAACGCCCGCAUCCUUUGAUCUCCUCAAUAUUUGCACGUACCCUCAUGGACAGUCGCUACUUUUACGGAAUCCGUGUGACGGCCGCGCGGGCGCUGGUCAUACACGCCAAGGAUGAAGUGGAUUGGAUCGGAUUGUUCCAUCUAGAGAAGGCUUUCCAAGAAAUGUUUUGUCUUCCAGGAUCUCCCAUGACCAAGUCGAACGAUUUCUCUGAUAUGCCUGCUUACUUUCUUCAGAAAGAGAUCCUAGAAGCGAUCUCGAAGGUGCGCGACAACAGUGGCAAGACUCCCAUGAGGGUCAAGAAAUUUCUUUUUGACAAACUCAAGUACAACGACAACUCGAACAAUGCGUACUCCGAUAAUUAUUAUGUGGCGUCACUGAUGCGCUCGCUUUGUCAUGCCUUGAUGGGCCGGAAUGAGUCUCGGCAACAAGACGAGUUGACCAAUUUUGACAUGGAACGUGCCAUCGCAGCCCAGGAUGAGGAGCAGCUGGAGAAAGACGCUCUUGCCGAGUUUGAUCGAUACCGAAGAAUGGACGAGUGGUCAGGCUCGUAUCAGAAUUUGUAUGCGCGAGCUGCGCUGCACUGCCAAAUGCAAAUGAUGCAGGCCAAAGUUCUAGACACAGACCUGAUGCGUUUCAUCCCAUACACUCGAGCUGGGACAUUCGAUCUCUUACGAUUGCAAGCAUUCGAUUGCCUUGUUGAUCUCGACAUCUCUCAAGUCCCCGAGCUUCUCCGCUGGCUCAUCUUCACCAUGACGAGCGACUCCUCCGCCUAUGUUCGGCAUCAUUGUGUACGGUUGUUUGGUCGGGCACUGGCUAUGAUUGCAUUUGGACGCACUCCGCAACCCGAGACUAACCAGAAUGACGGCUUAAUCAUCGAGCAAGAGUCCUCCACCGAAGUCCGUCAGGCAGACUUGGAACGUCGUCAAACUGUUCCCGGAGCAAUUAAGGCCCUCAAAAGGGAAAUCAUCGUGCAGGACAUGUCACUGAGAGAAUACCUCUGGGCUGCGUGUAACUCAUGGCCCAUAGGAAUUCACGAGAUGUCCGAAAUAACAGAUCUCUGCAACGUCAUGUUCGACGCCGUGACAUCCCAAAUGACCAAACUCAAAUACCCUCGCUUCUGGAGUGUGCAGAACUUGGGUCACGGCAAGGUGCGAUUCUAUCGGUCGAACAAUGUACGGACCAGUUUGGCUCCCUCAAAGGACGCCAUCAAGCGCAAGCGUGACGAACCAGGCAUGCCGCCGCCUGCUCCUCGCAUCACAUUCAAACAAGCCAAGACAAGUGCCACGCCUAGCACCCCAUCCUCCACGAGCCUUCCGAAGCUCCACAUUCCCAAUCCAUCCCCCAUUACCGCAGCCGUCAGAACCCCUGGCGCUUCUACCCCAUCAACCCCAUCCAGUGGCGGUCCACUGAAGUUGAAACUCAAAUUUGGGCAGAAACCCAAAUGA